GUUUUGUUUUACGGAAAAUAACGGGUAAUUUCCUAUUGCAGAUGAGUUUGCUGAUGUUGGCUGUAAGUCAGGCUGCUGCCGUUGUAUGUAACGAACCCAGUGUGGAGGAUCUCACUCAACUUAAGAGUACUCUACCCGAGUACCUUUACAUCAAUAGUCAGACGAUGUAUGGAGAACCUAUAUCCAACAAUGAUCGCUGUCCGUCACGUAGUUAUCUGAUACAACAAGGAGCACUUAACACCGUAUGUCCGUCCUAUGACUACAUUGAGUCCGACCUUGACCGUAUCCCAGUGAAUAUUUCUCACACCAGGUGUCUCUGUAGGCAUUGCCUUAUUGGACGUAAUCACAGGUGCCACGUUAUCCGUCGGCAACUUCCGGUUCUUAAAAAGACAGGAGAGUGCCGAAAUGGGGAAUAUGUGUACAAUGUCGAAAUGGAACAGGUUGCCGUUGGCUGUACUUGUUUACCUCGGUAAAUGCAUAGAUAAUGGAUUCAACUAAAUUAUUCACAUAUAUUUUGUUAGUGGUUUUUUUUUCGCAUAUACACUUGGUUAACUUGAAGCACUCCUGGAGGAUCUUAUUUGGUGUUUCUCUUUAAUAUCUGCAUACAAUAUUUGUAUGUACUCAUGUUAUUUAACUCGGUUGUUUAUAUAGUUUUACAUGAGAGAUAUUUUUAGUUUUUAUAAACCAUACCAGAAAUUAUUAUGUUCAUUGAUUCAUAAAUGUUAAUCAUACAAAGUGUCCCUUUGAACUUCAAUCAGCUUGAACAUAGAAUACAACAGAGUAACUAUCAAUGACAAUGUCAUCAUAUUUUAUGUAUCUAGGGAUAAAUAAUUUUAUUUAUUACAUAUACCUGUGUACACAGGUUUGUGCUAAUACUGGAGGAGAGCAUUGGUUAUACAAUGUUUUGAUUUAACGUGUCAAUGCCAUAUUCUUUUCCUAUUUGCUAAUUUUGUUUAUUUUAAUAUACAUAUUGUAUAUGAUUUAUGCGUUUAUUUCCUCCACGUGUCUUUCAAAUUGUUGUAAUUUUACAUAUAUUUGGUUAAAUAAAAAAAAAAGUGCUGCAUUUUUUAUAUUUAGUCAUUC